AUAUUACAUAAUUUUAAAUCAACUUUCUAUACACACCAUCUUCACGUUCAAGAACAUGUCGAAUAUUGACAAUAUUUUUCUUUGUUUACUUUUAUUUUGUGUUCAUGUUGCAAUAGUUUCUGCAGAAUCAAAUUGGCUAAGCCAUGGUGGAGAUUUGCUCAACCGAAGAUACGCGAACGAAGAAUACAAAAUCAGUCCGAAAACGGUUCAUAAACUACGAUUGAAGUGGAAAUUCUUUGCUGGGCAAGAUAUUACGGCGACACCGACGAUAUAUGAUGGUGUAAUAUAUUUUCCAAGCUGGAAUGGUAAUGUUUAUGCAAUAAAAGAAGAUGAUGGGUCACUUGUUUGGGAGAAAAAUUUGAAGGAAUUGACAGGCUUAAAUGCAACUGUCUUUAUUUUUAAUGCAAAUGGAACAGUUUCUAGAGUGAGUCCAAGUGUGGCUGGAGAUUUGUUGAUUUUGGGAAUUUAUGGGCCUGCUGUUGUUGUUGGUUUGAAUAGAACAAAUGGGGAGCUUGUUUGGUUGACAAGGUUGGAAAGUCAUUAUAGGUCAUUUGUUACCAUGUCGGGAACAUAUUACAAUGGGAGUUACUAUGUUGGAACAUCUUCACUAGAAGAAUUGGUAGCAAUUGAUAAAUGUUGUACAUUUCGUGGAAGCUUUGUAAAACUUGAUGUUAAAACCGGUGCCAUUUUAUGGCAAACCUAUAUGUUACCCGAUAACAAAGGAAAACGAGAUCAAUAUGCAGGCGCGGCCAUUUGGGGAAGUAGUCCUUCUAUUGAUGUAUAUAGAAAACAUGUCUAUAUCGCCACUGGAAAUCUCUAUUCUGCUCCGAAAAACAUACUUGAUUGUCAAGAUAGACAAAAUAAUCAAACUACUCCGGUUGAAACGGACGAGUGUAUUGAACCAGAAAACCACUCGAAUUCAAUGUUGGCCCUUGAUUUGGACACUGGUGAUAUCAAAUGGUACAAACAAUUAGGAGGGUUGGAUGUAUGGUUUAUCGCGUGUAACAAUGCUUCAACUCCUGGUUGUCCGCCUCCAGGUCCUUUACCAGAUUCUGAUUUCGGAGAGGCGCCGGUGAUGUUAACUACACGUGUAAAUGGAACAAAGAAAGAUAUUGUUGUUGCUGUUCAGAAAAGUGGAUUCGCAUGGGCGCUUGAUCGCGACAACGGAACCCUUCAAUGGUUUAAGCAAGUAGGGCCUAGUGGAAACGGUGGAGGUGGAAUAUGGGGUGCAUCGACAGAUGAAAAAAGAGUUUAUACCAAUAGUGCAAAUUCAGAUAAAGAUAAUUUCCAACUUUUACCAUCAAACAAGAACACAACCACUGGAGGAUGGGUGGCAAUGGAUUCUAGAAAUGGAGAAAUUCUUUGGUCGACUGCUAACCCUGCAAAUAGUACUGUUAGUGGCCCGGUUAGUAUGGCGAACAAAGUUCUUUUUGGUGGAUCGACCGAUUUAUCAGGACAUUUAUAUGCAAUGAAUGCGAGAAAUGGGAAAAUUUUAUGGUCCUAUGCAACUGGAGGUAGUGUGUAUGGAGGCAUGUCAAUUAACAACGGAUGUGUUUAUUCGGGUCAUGGAUAUAAUGUCUCUGCAGGAGUUUUCUCUAACUAUACCGGUGGAACCUCGCUAUUUGCCUUUUGUGUUUAAAUAAUUUAUGUACUUCUUCUGUAACAAAACAUAAGUAAAAAUAAACU